AUGUCAGAAAAGGCAAUGCCAGAAAAGAGUGUGAGGCCGCACAAGUUCACGUACACGUACAAACCCAGCGCGGGAAGCAGCGCAGGUGGCGGAGGCGGAGGCGGCGACGGCACAGCGGCGCCGCGGCCCGCGCCGCAACCGGAACCCUAUUCUCCGCGGCCACCUUCACCGCCGCCGCCCGACGACGACGACGACGACGAGGAUUAUGAGGGCUUCAAAGACGAAGAGCUUGACGUACUUGAAAGAAGAAGUGGAUGGGGUUCUCUGUACAUGAGUGAUCCUCAAGUUCUUUGUAUGGACUCGAGUGAUCCACAAAAUCCCCCUCGUUAUAUUGGCCGGCAAAAUUGUGAGCCGCUCAUCACACGGGAGUUUUUUUCACUGCGCCACAAUUGGCAACAGCUGCUAGAUGACAAGAAGACAUACCUCCGCCCGCCAAAGAACAACCGUGUUGCCAAGGACAAUUAUGACAACUGCCUCUUUGUAACCCCAGAACCUCUUGAGAAGGCAAUACGAUGUCAGGUGCCACUAUCUGAUUUUGUUCGUGCAGCUGCAAAAAAUUCUAUCGUUCAGCAAAAGUUUAAGAUUCUUAGUGAGCAUUAUGUGUGCAUCAGACAAAUGCGAAUAGAUGGAUCAUCUUUUUACAGAGCUUUCCUUUUCUCUUACUUGGAAAACCUUGGGAAAAUGCAAGGUAGUCAAGCUGAGGUCACUCGCUUAAUGGAAUGUGUGGCAAGGUCCAGAGAGAAUUUCUGUCGUUUACAUUGGGAUAGUGCGUACUUCUCAAAUCCUGAAGCAUUUUUCUCAAGUGUUGUUUCUGAGUUUGAGAACUUGGUCAAUUCAGUUGCCAAUGGGCUAAAUGCUGAUGAGCUUUACAAGAGAAGCCUACAGGAGAUUACGUCAUCCAGGAUUCUUUGUUUGCUUAGAUUGCUGACAGAGGUUCAUAUCCGUACACAUGAAGUGGACUACGAGCCAGCAUUCGAGCAAACCCAAGCCCUUUUGUUUUGCAUAGCAUCAGUGCGUCCCUUUGACGCUGAAGCCGACAUGCUACAAAUGAGUGCUCUAUCAAAUGCACUUGGCAUCCCAAUGCACCUGGCACUUGUGGACGGAACCAUGAACAAUGGGAUUGCGCAAGUAAAGUGCUUUGACUUCUUUCCUCAAUCAGAAUCAAGAGUAAGCACAACAUCAGGACCUCUCAGUUUAAUCACAAGUUACUGUCUCUCAAGCGCAACUGAUAAACAUCCAGAGCAAGGAAGGGAUGAUAGCAACUCAGCCAUGCCGUCUGGAAACUUACUUUCAUCUGAUCACAUGCCUUUAGUCUCCUUACUGAGUAGGACAGGUCAAUGCGACAUUCUUUAUCGCAAGUGA